AUGUCCACACGAAAUCGACCCGGGAAAGCAAGACCGACUCCCAGUCGCCUUUCUGGCACGGCCAAUCCCUCCCCUAAUGCAGACGUGCUCCCACCGUACAAGAAGCCAUCGCACCCCCUCGACCAAGAAGCGAGUGCAGCUAUACGAACGUUGCGCGGACGGAAUCUGGAGGAAGUGAAGAAGCACAAUAAACAAGCAGUCUCAGCGAUCAUAGAAAGCGCUGCGGGUGUCAAUGAUAGACUACGCGAACAUGGCGAGUUCAUGGAACGGCGCAGACCCAAGUGGGAUGCGGGCAAAAACCUUGAAGAGAAGGAAGAGGUGGAGCGCGAGAUGCAGGAACUAAAAUCCCAGGUUGAAGGAGCCACUGUGAAACUGGAAGAGAGCAUGCGAGCUAUCAUUGACUCCGGGGUCGCGACAGAGCGAAUUGACGAAACGCUUGAAUGGCUGAGAACCAACGGGCCCCAACGACUGAAUGAAGAGUACCAGACGCAAAGAACACUGCGACGAACACAGCGAGAAUUGCAAAGCCAAGCAGCAAGUCAGCGACAGCGCACACAAAACGAGGAUGGCGAGGACGAGGAAAUGGACGUUGGACUUACACCUGGGCCUACACCUCUAGAUGGAUCGCGCAUAAAACUAACGGGCGCAAGUGAGCUGUUCCAAACCCGUAUGCAAAACCAAAAAGAUGCCUACACGUCGCUUAGCCUCGAAACACGGUAUGCUCGUAAUAACGACUACCGCGAGUUCAAGAAGAUGGUACACGAUGCCAAAUACGGUGAUGAGGGGCCUGCCCUCGGCCAUGAAAACACAUGGUUUACCGAGACUGGAUCACCUGCACCAGGCGUCACAGACGGCACUCAUCGGGGUGAUCUCGACGACGAUGAUGAUAUUAUCAUGGACAGGGCUACGAUAAGUACCAGAUGUCCGAUCACAUUCCAGAAUUUCAAAGACCCUGUUACGAGCACCAAAUGCCCGCACACGUUCGAGAAGGUCGCAAUCACAGAUAUGGUUAGGAGAGGUCCUCAUAGGGUCGGAACAGCCCCGGCCGUGGAAUGUCCGGUCAGUGGGUGUAGCCACAUACUCACCAAAGACGAUCUCCGGAGCGAUCCGAUCAUCAUUCGCAAAAUCAAGCGAAUGCAAGAACGCGAUGAAGCGCCAGAUGAUGGCGAGAAUUCGGACGAUGAAGUCCAAGCUCCAGUUCGGGAUGUCGACGAGCUGGAUAGUGAGUGA